GAGCUGGGAACGGGGGAAAGGGCUAGCUUGGACCCUGGCAAAAAAGAAGGGAAGGGAUGCCAGGCAAAAGGGGUGAAUGGCUGCCGGAGUUGGAGAAGAGCUACGGAGGAGCUGGGGCUGGCGGCCGCAGGGGUCUAAGGAGUCUGGGGGUACGAAGCUGGGGGGCAGGGCGCGGGAGCUGGCCUGGGACCAGGGCAGGUGAGGCAAAGGGUGGAGGGCAGCCGGGAGCGACCGUGGAGCAGGGGCGGGGACGGACGCUCCCCCCGUGUGUCUGCUGCUCCGACACUAAAGGAGAUGGAUGGGGUAGGGGAAACGCAGCGCGCGUGGCCCCGGGCGGCUCAUCGCUCAGCCGCCGCCCCCGCAGCGGAGAGGUCGGGGCGGGGGGUCCGGCCGCAGAUAAAGGCGAGCGGGGGACAAGGGCGGCCGCGGCAGCAGCAUGAGCGGGACAGACCUGAGUCACGCUGCGGGCGCGGCCCCCGACUCAGCCCCGGGCCGGGCGGCAGUCGCCUCGGCCUACCAGCGCUUCGAGCCCCGCGCCUACCUCCGCAACAACUACGCGCCCCCUCGGGGGGACCUGGGCAGCCCCGACGGCGUCGGGCCUUGGAAGCUGCGCUGCUUGGCGCAGACCUUCGCCACCGGUGAGGUGUCUGGACGCACCCUCAUUGACAUUGGUUCAGGCCCCACUAUCUACCAGCUGCUCAGCGCCUGCGCCCACUUCGAGGACAUCACCGUGACAGAUUUCUUGGAGGUGAACCGCCAGGAGCUGGGGCUCUGGCUGCGAGACGAGCCUGGGGCCUUCGACUGGAGCGUGUACAGCCAGCAUGUCUGUCUCAUCGAGGGCAAGGGUGAAUCCUGCCAAGAGAAGGAGUGCCAGCUGCGAGCCAGGGUGAAGCGGAUCCUGCCCAUCGACGUGCACCAGCCCCAGCCCCUGGGCGCUGGGAGCCUGGCGCCCCUGCCUGCCGAUGCCCUGGUCUCCGCCUUCUGCCUAGAGGCUGUGAGUCCGGACCUUGCCAGCUUCCAGCGGGCCCUGGACCACAUCACUACACUGCUGAGGCCUGGGGGGCACCUCCUCCUCAUCGGGGCCCUGGAGGAGUCAUGGUACCUGGCUGGGGAGGCCAGGCUGGCGGUGGUGCCAGUGCGUGAGGAGGAGGUGAGGGAGGCCCUGGUGCGUAGCGGCUAUGAGGUGAGGGAUCUGCGCACCUACAUCAUGCCUUCCCACCUUCGGACAGGCGUAGAUGAUGUCAAGGGCAUCUUCUUCGCCUGGGCCCAGAAGAAGGUGGGGGUGUGAGGCCCCAGUGUACACAGUGCCGGUGGCCCUCACCCACCUAGAUUCCCUGUUAUCUGAGGUGGCGCCUAAUAAAGAAAUAAGUCCAUGCUGGUUGGUGUAAGUGCAGUCUGUGGCUCUCCUGGGAAGCAACAAGGGCCCAGAGCUCUCUCUUGUGUUGUGGGCGUAUGGGAGGCAUCAACCCUGGCCUUUUUUCCGGAAGCUUCCAUGAAGGUAGGUUUCCGCACAUUCAUUCUUCCCAAACUAAGGAAAGCCAGGGUCAGAGGAAACUCGUUCAGCAUCUGCUGCGUGCCAGGCACCUGCUAGGCCCAUUCAAGUCCUCACACUCGGCGGCAGGUCCUGUUACCCUGUUUGCAGGUGUAGCUCAGAAAGGUUAGGAACAAAUAAAUAAUAGUGGAGCUUAGCGGAGCCCAGAAGGGGAGGUGAAGGGGGAUAAUUAGGAGCACUUGCAGGGGGUGGUGCUACAAUCCAGGCACAAAGGCCAAGGGAAGUCAGAGGGGAAGAACAGGCACCAGCUCCCUCUCCCAGCCCCCACCACGAGCGGGACGGGAGCGCCAUCCAGAUCUGCUGUUGCCCUGAAUCUGGUCCCUGCCAUCCCCACUCCCAU